AUGCCAAAUAAAGACGAUUAUCACAUCAAUCCACAGUUUAAAAUUGGGUUUGCAGCUCCACCAAUCCCUUCUGUGGUGGCACCUGCUACAUCAAGAAUGAUGAGAAAAUCACAACAUCCACAACAUCCACAACAGCAGCAGCAUAAUCAUAUUUCACCCUUAAAUAAUGCCGAAGGAAAUCCAGUUUCUGAUAACAACCCUCAUCAUACCAAUAAUGAUAACAACAAUCACAAUAAUAAUAAACAUAACCCUACUACUACUACCAAUAAUAAUAAUAAUAACGGUUCACAUAAUAGCAUUUCGCAACAUACAAAUAAUAAUGAGGUCCAAAGACAAUUCCAUAGAAAGAGCCUUGGUGAUUGGGAUUUCUUAGAGACUAUUGGUGCAGGGUUAUUUGAAAUGUGUACAAUGUCAAAUCAUUUCUAUAUGCUUUUUGAAUAUGUAUCUGGUGGCCAGUUAUUAGAUUACAUCAUUCAACAUGGCUCCCUAAGAGAACAUCAUGCAAGAAAAUUCGCUCGUGGGAUUGCGAGCGCUUUGGAGUAUUUACAUGGCAAUAAUAUCGUUCAUAGAGAUUUAAAGAUCGAAAAUAUUAUGAUAUCUACAUCUGGUGAAAUUAAAAUUAUAGAUUUUGGUUUAUCAAAUGUUUAUGAUUUACAUAAACAAUUACACACUUUUUGUGGUUCUUUAUAUUUUGCUGCACCUGAAUUAUUAAAGGCAAACCCCUACACAGGUCCUGAAGUCGAUGUUUGGUCAUUUGGUGUGGUGUUAUAUGUACUUGUAUGUGGUAAAGUACCUUUUGAUGAUGAAGUAUCUAGUGUCCUUCAUGAAAAGAUUAAACAGGGCCAUGUGGAAUAUCCGAAUCAUUUGUCUAUUGAAGUCAUAUCUUUAUUAUCAAAGAUGUUAGUGGUAGAUCCUUCCAAGAGGGCAUCAUUACGACAAGUUAUAGACCAUCCUUGGAUGAAUAGAGGUUAUGACUCUAAAGUUAAAUCGUAUCUACCACAAAGAAUACCGUUGACCCCGGAGAUAUUGGAUCAAAAAGUUAUUAAAGAAAUGUAUCGUUUAGAAUUUAUAGAGAAUAUUGACGAGACAAGAGAUGUUUUGAAAAGGAUCAUUACAGAACCUAUGUAUCUUGAACUUUCUAAACAGUACUGGGAUAAUGUAUCUUAUAUUAAAAGAACUAAUCCUAAUGUCACCACAAACUUAACUAUUGAAGAUCCAACUAAGGCAUACAAUCCUCUUUUAUCGAUGUAUUAUUUAGUAUCCGAAAUGCUUGAAAGGAAACUGGCUAAAUUACGUAGAAAGCAAGCUCAAAUAGCUAAAUUACAACAACAGGUACAAAAUCCAUUAAUUGGUUCAGGUUCAUCAAGUACUAACAAUAAUGCACAACAUUCAUUACAAAAACCAGUUCUAGUGCAAUGUAAUCAAAAUGCAACAAUGAUAAGAACACCACAACCAAGCAAUAACAAUAUUCCACAAGUUUCUAAUUCACCAAAUCCAAAUCUAUUAACACCAAAUGUUCAGAUUGAAAAUAAAGUUCCAUUAUCACCCCAAAACAAUAAUAGUUCUAAAAGAGUACCAAUACUGGAGACAAAUACUAUUGAAGAGUCAGUAAAUUCACCAAUGAACGUUAAACAUAAUGCAACUUCAAGUGUUCCUGUACCUUUAUUAAAAUCACCAUUAAAGAGAUCUGUACCUAAGUAUAGUAAUAUUGAUGCUGAUUCUAAUCAUAUCAGUGCAUCUGAACGUCAGCCUUUGAAAAUACUGGUUUCACCUAACUUAGCUAUACCAGAACAAGCACAUACAUCUCCAACCACUAGAAAAUCAUCAGAGAAUCAUGAAAAUUUUGAUAAUGUAAUAUCACCAGCACCUACAGAAACUGACUAUUAUGCAGUACAACAAUUAACUACACCUACUGAUUCUCAUAAAUCUUUCGGUGGUAUAUUACGGAAGUUAUCCCAAAAACGUGACCAACAGCCUCAAAUUUCUACCUUACAACCGCCUAAAAUUCAUCAUAAACGUUACACUAAUGAUAUUGAUGGUUCAAGACCUCAAAAUGUCAACACUUAUGAAGUGGAUACGAUGACUUCAAUGGACAACAGUAAUAGCAAUAGUUUAACAGUCAAUUUGAGAGGUUCUAAAAAAACACAUGCACGUACUGUUUCAGAAUAUGCACCAUCUGUAUCAAGAACACAAUCUUUUAAAAUUCCGUUGGAUCAUGUAAAUGUUAUUACGCCUCCAAUGAGAUCGGCAUCCCAAAAACAGACUAAGAAGACUGAUUUACCUGCACUUCCAUCUAAUGCCGAAACACUUUUACAAGAACAAAAAGAAAAGCAGCUAGAGCAUGAUUUAAAUAAUUUAAAGAUUAAAGGGGGUAGAAAUCAAAUGCCACAACAACUUGAAAUUCCAUCUCAACAAAAAACAUUGGAUAUUCCAACAGUUAAUGACACAGAUGAUACUCAACCUAUUGCACCUUUGACAGUAGUCAAGGGUAGAAAAUAUCACCCAAGUGCUAGAGCUAAAUCAGUUGGUCAUGCUCGUCGCGAAUCAUUAAAAUUUAUUCGUCCACCAGCUCCUCCAACUUUAACAAUGAAUAAUUAUCCUGUAGAUGUAGAAAAUACUGGUUUCUUACAACAUAGUGAUGAUAGUAAAUCAGAUUCUACACGUAUCACCUUUUCCAACAUGGUUUCUACUAAUAAUAAUCAAAACAACAAUACAUUAAAUACAAAAACUUCGCAUGAAAAUGGUAUUUCUGUGGAAGAAAUACUACCUGAAUUAACCGACGAAGAAAUCUUAGCCGAAGCUGCAAGGGCCCCACCUGGUUCUAUGCCUUCGAUCGACUAUCCACGUUCAUUGUUCUUAAAGGGUUUCUUUUCAGUACAAACUACCUCUUCAAAACCACUUCCUAUUGUGAGAUACAAAAUCAUUUACGUUUUGAAAAAGAUGAAUAUUGAAUUCAAAGAAGUUAAAGGUGGGUUUAUAUGUGUACAAAAGCAUUUUGGAGAUCAGUAUGAAAAAAUUGAAAAGAGUGGAAAUUCUACACAUUCUCCUAGUAACAUUACUAGUCCAAGACCACAAUCAUCUAACGAAACGAUAAGAAGCGUAUCUCGUCGUAGUUCUAUUAGAAAACAGCAAUCAUUGAAACAACCAUUCCUAGGCAUCACCAAUACUCCUAACAAUAUGGCUCAUCAUGAAAGAAAUGUAUCUUUAAUUGCAUCACCUAUUUCUGAACAAGUUGGUUAUAAUAAUGCAUUGCAAGAAUUAUCAUCUGCCUCAAUUGAUGAAUUCCAUAGUCCAGAUGACCUAUUAACUACUUCAAAAGUGCAAGGAAUGAACAUGGCUAAUAGUGACAUUGAUAGGGUAGACAUCAAGGAAAGAGCUCCAAUUAAGUUCGAAAUCCAUAUCGUAAAAGUUAGAAUUGUUGGGCUUGCAGGUGUUCAUUUCAAAAAGGUGUCAGGUAAUACUUGGCUAUAUAAAGAACUGGCAUCUACUAUUUUAAAGGACUUAAACUUAUAG